AUGAAGACGGUCAGGAAACUCAUAGAUGGCUUCAAGGCCAACAAGCCAGAGCGCGUGGACGUGCGGACAGCCACCACCAUGUUCCACGCGCUUCCUACCGAGCUCUGGCUCCACCUCUGCUCGUUUCUGGACGUGCGCGAUUUCGUGAACCUGUGCUCAACCAGCCGCGACCUGCGCACCGCCGGGCAGGACGAGUGGGUCUGGCGCACCUUCCUCCUACGCGACUGCCCGUCCAUCGUUUCGCUGCCGCAGGCGAUCGACAACAUAUUCGGGCAGCACAACGUCAAGGAUCUCUUCGGUCGAUCAUGGCAGUGGGUGUACCGCAGCAAGAUGGUCGACAUCCACCAAGACCGAGGGGACAUGAUCUCCCGAAAGUUCGUGGUGGGUCACCGCACGACAAAGGGCGGCCGCUACGAAGGUGAGUGGCGAAUGGGGAAGCUCGACGGCGUGGGCACGCUCAUGAACUCCACGGGCGACAUGGUUUACAUCGGCCACUUCAAGCAAAGCGAAGUUCAUGGAAAGGGCGUGUGUCUGUUCAGCGAUGGCACGCGAUACGAGGGCGAGUGGAGAGGGAGCGAGGCCCACGGCAGAGGCGUGUGUUGGUACCUCGACGGCAAGCGCUACCACGGCAAGUGGAAAGAGGGCAAGCGAUGCGGCAAGGGAACGUUCUACUGGAGCAACGGGAGCUACUAUGUGGGCAAGUGGCGCGACGAUAAGCCCGUGGGCCAGGGCGUUCACUGGUGCGCUACCACCAAGUCCAAGACCAAGCGCGGGUGGAGCAACGAGUUUCUCUGCUGCUGCGCCACUGCCACCGUUCUCACCCCCAUGAAGGAGACCACCACCGUGACGGCCGGAGAUGCGAGGGUGGGCAACCCCUACCAAGUGUCCAAGUCUGGGCUCUUUGUGUGA